GUAUUAUGAUCAUCUAGGUGGGUCACCUUAAUGGAGAGGUGAAAACAUACAACUUAGCAGAUUAAUGUACUGCUAAUGAAUUAAUGUAUAUUUUGAACUCCGAAUUGGCAUGUGAAGUUCAAUUGGUUUAAUGUGGUGAAUUAGUAAAUGCAUCAUCGAUUUUGGCUGGAGACAGAAUCUAUUAUGUCACAGUUGAUGCAGAAGGAGGAAAGAAAAAGAAGAAGAAGAAGAAGAAUUUCGCAAAGCCCAAGAAGAAGAAGCAUAGACACCGAAAAAUUAAGUUGGCUACUCUUAAAUUGUACAAUGUUGACAACAAAGGAGUAGUUUAAAGAUCACAUAAAUAAUGUCCUUAAUGUCCAUAAGGUGUGUACAUGGCUAAACAUUUCGACAGACAUUAUUGUGGAACUUGCCAUCAAACCUUUAGAAUGGAUGAGGCAACAGUAAUUGUUUAAUUUUAUAUUUAAGAUUAAAGCCAACUUAGAAGCAAUCAAAAAAUAACAAGCCGCUAAAGCUGCCGCUGCUGCUGCUUCUGCCCCUGCUGGUGGUGCUGGAGACAAAGGAGCUGCUGGAGGAAAAAAGGGCAAGAAGAAGUGACAUAUAUUUAGUAUAUUAAUAAAUAAUGCAAUUAAGUCCAUCUAAUUCAACAAUAUACACAGAAGACAAUAAUCUAAUUCCAUCAAAUCCAAUAGGAUCUCAUAUAUAAUUACCUGUCGAUCAUAGUUCACCAGAGAUGCGUUUACUAUGUUUGGCUUAAUAAAAUGACUUGGAACAAUUUUCUAAUUUAUUAAGAUCAAGACCAUUUGAUCUAUCUGCUAUUUAGAAUUCUAAAAGAUUUACUGCUCUUCAUUAUGCUUGUUUCAAUAAUAGCUAUCAGAUGUGUGAAUUAAUAAUAAACCAUUAAGAAAGAAGAGAAAACAACUUACAGAAUAUGGAGAAUUUUAUCAAUUCUACCACUAUUGAUAAAUAUACUUCUCUGCACUUUGCAGCUUUUAGAGGAAAUAUAUAAAUUCUGACACUUUUAAAAUUAAAAGGAGCCAACUUAUAAGCUACAAAUAAAUAAGGUUUGAAUAUUAUGCAUAUAGGUGCAUAAGGAGAUCAACCUAAUAGUAUUGUAUUUGCACUUGUUAAUGGAAUUAAGUUGACUGAUUUUGAUCUAAAUGGAGGGUCUGCUUUGCAUUGGGCAUGCUAUUAUGGUUAAGAUCACUCUGCUAAUUAUUUGAUACCUUUAAUAGAAUCAAAAAAACCAUACUACCCAUUAAACUCUCUUGAUUCUCAUCAAUUAACACCUUUGCAUUUAGCAGUUUAAAGUGGAAAUACAAAAUUAGUUAAGAAAUUGUUAAUAUAUGGAGCUGAUAAAACAAUAAAAGGAAAUAGUAAUAAAACUCCUGCUGAUAUAGCUUAAGAGAAUGAUUUUAAAAACAUAUAUAAUUUACUAACUAAAGAACGUAGUUUUUUAAUUACAUAUUUUAAUUUGAAAUAAGGUAUUAAAAGAGUAAGGAAAAAUGCAUUAGAAUUAUUGAGAUUUGGUGGUUUCAUGAUUUUUCUUUUAUUCUCUUAUUGGAUAUAUAUGGUAGAUGAUUUUAUACCAAUUUUUACAGAUUAUUUAUUUUUUGGAAUUACUUUACUAUUUUUUAUGUUAAUUGUAUGUUCUAAUCCUGGCUAUUAAAUUAGAAGAUAAGAACCAUUAUAUACUUUAAUAACAGCUUUUGAUCAUUAAGAUAUAUGCCCAAUUUGUAAUGUAGUGAAAUUGCCUAGAAGUAAACAUUGUGACAUUUGUUAACGAUGUGUUUUAAUGUAUGAUCAUCAUUGUCCUUGGAUUAAUAAUUGUGUUGGUGCAGAAAAUCAUUUGAUUUUUAUAACUUUUUUAAUUUCAUUAGAAGCAUCACUUAUCUAUGCUCUAUUUAAAACUAUAAUGUAAUGUUAUAUUGGGAAUUAGAAUUAAAUGGAAUUCUUUAAUGAACCUUUAACAUUUUGGGUAAUCUUAAUUAUCAAUAUAUUAAUUGAAAGUAUUUUUAUCUUGGGAAUCACAGCUCUUCUUAUAACUUAAAUUUCAAACAUUUUUCUAGGUUAAACUACAUUUGAGAGAUUUGCAAUUUCAAAUUAAACUUCUACUAUGAAAUCAGUCAUGUCUAAUUCAAAUAAAAAUUCAUAAAUUGAUGAUGAAUUACUCUCUCAAAAAAAAGAUAGAUUUAUCUAAUGUUCUUGUAAAAAUGUCUUUAAUUUUUUAACAAAUGGAGCAACUUAAAGAAAAAAAGAAUAAGCAAUUAGAAUUUGA